CAUGUUAGAAACAAGAGAGAAAGAACCUGCAUUGGAUCAAUGCCAAGACCUAGAGUUGAGCAAAGAAAACCCUAAAACUGAAAAAAGGCCUGAAUUUAAAGCUCCAUCAACAGCAGCAAUUGGUUUUCUGUACACAACAUUCAUUGUACUUCUUGUAGCUAUUUGUUGGCAGCCAGAUCCCAGCAUAUUUAUUAGUUCUUUACCAGGUGUUGAAGUUAUUGCAUCACAUAAAUUCUUAGUAGCAGGUGGUCAAUCCUCCCAGUUACACUGGGAUGAGUAUGGUUUGAUGCUGGAUAUUCCAAGUGACGCACUUCCUUGUGGUUUUGUGGCUGAGGUUGUCAUUCGUGUUAGUGUGUCUGGUCCAUACGUUUAUCCUGAUCUAAAAACCUGGAAACCAGCCAGUGCUGUAUACUGGAUAUCAAGCAGUAAAGAAUUUGUUAAUCCUAUACUACUGGGUAUCUGGCAUAAUGUGAAAGGAAGUGUAAACAGUUCAUCAAUCAAAGUUUUAACAGCUGAAGACACCCCACAAAAUAUGUCAUAUAUAUUUAAUGAGUUUUUGGGUGAUUUUACUGUCAAAGGAUCUUAUGUCUAUUUUAAACUCACUGGUUUUAGUGGUAAAAAAGUUGUCACCUCUUUAGAUGUCAGAAAUUUUCAAGGUUCUUUAUUCUACAAAAUGUCUGAUGCUGGUAACAAGUGGAAAUACAGCCUUGUCAUUUACAAUUCUCAUACUAAAGGUGUGACAAGAAGUUUAUUUGAUGGAACACAAUAUGAAGACUGGAUUCUGGAUAUAAAAUUUGAUGUAAAAUUUGAAGAAAACAGCAAAAUUUUAGAGCUAAUUAUAACUCCUGAUCCACCACUAGAGAAUUGGAUCAUUCGAGGAAGAAUCAAUCCACUUUCUUAUCACAAGGAUGCCCUUCAAAGUCAGGGGCAUAUAGUCAGUAACAUGAGAUUUGAUAUUCAUUGGAAUGGCAGUAGUGAUUUACUUACUGAUGACUAUCUAAACUUUCCAUUAAAAGGAGCCGAAUAUCCAUUAUCUAUUACUGCAAAUCCUAGUAGAAUUGAUCAUAAGACCAGUGCCAAUAUUAGUUUUACAAAGAAAAAAAGAGGCAUAAAAUUAGACAUCAAGGAUUUGAAUGACAUUGAUUUAAUAUUAAAGAGCAGCAGUUUCGAUAAUAGUAAAUGGAGUGACCUUGGACUGAAGUUAGGUUUAUUUCAAACACGGCUAAACACGAUUAAAAGUGAUAAUUCUCAAGAUGCUAAAGCAUGCCUGGGAGAGACUUUGGGGAAAUGGCUAAAUCGAGUUGAUGAAGUUGAUAAGAAUGGAGGAGCGACUUGGGAGGCAUUGAUGGAUGCUCUUGAAAAGAUUGAGCAGAAACCAGUAGCUGAAAAAAUAAAAGACUAUAUUGACUAAUUUUUUAAGUAACAAAAAUUUAAGUUGUAUUUAUAUUUUAUGUUUGCAAAGAAGUAUUGCAAUUGGUAAAGUC